CCGCCCUCCUCCGUCUCGCUCUCAUCGCUCCGCCCUCCUCCGUCUCGCUCUCAUAGCUCCGCCCUCCUCCGUCUCGCUCUGAUCGCUCCGUUUCUCUCUGCAGAUCCAGACAAAUCCAACGCUACGCAGGUAGACCAUGUAAAGCGACAAGAGGAGGCCGCCAUCUUGGAGAGCGUGGUGGCGGAGGACCACGCCGUCCUCCUCAAGUCUGUCAAGAGAACCACCAGGAAGAAAGGCGGAGCCAAGUCCGGCUGCAACGAAAACGUCCUGAACUCCACCAGGAAGACCCGGACAGCCAGAAAACCCCCGUCUACAACUAAGAGGUCAAAGGUUCUGGACGUGAGCAAGGAGGGCAGCGCCAUCAGACGCUCCAACAGGAAGCCUCUGAUGACCCCCGCCAGGAACCUGCUGGACUCCUCCCUGAUGAUGGGCCCCACCCCCCUCAUCACGCCGCGCUUCGACCCCAGACUGCCGAAGACGCCCGCCAUCAGAGUCCCGCGCCACAAGGAGCGGGUCCUCAGCAUGUCGGUCAACGGCUCCCCCAUCCAGGCAGGAAGUGACAUCGUCAUCAACGUUCCAGUCGGGAAUGGAGAGAGCAUCCAGCUGCUGGCCAGUGAGAUGGACUCUCUGGACCUGAGGCUGCUGGACGAGUCGGCGCUGAGGAGCAUCCGGCUGCUGAAGAACCGCCUGACCACGCUCUGCGGGCCGUCGGAGUAGCAGCAGCUGGAGUUCUGGCCCGGUUUUUAUAUUCUUGUUUUUUGUUUUCUGGUUUCAGUUUUUUUGUAAAUGUUCUGGUGAAGAAUCGGAUCAGAACCGAUUCUCCCCUCUGAGAUCCAUUUGAUCCGGAACAAGUUCUGUAAAUACUCCAUGUUUCAAUAAACCCAGUAGAACCUCG